AUUUGUUUGUAAACAGUCCAGCAUUAUAAGUGGUAGGUUGUAAGUUCUUAGGACACAAGUUACAUUAAUUCUAAGAGUUUCACUGGUAAAAAAUGGGUUGUUGUGAUUCAGAAGAUAAAGAAAACACGGAGGAAACCGAAGAGCGUAGCUGCACGGACGUAUUUUGGCUUAUUCUAUAUAUUCUCUUUUGGUUUUUGAUGGUGAUAAUUGCGGCCUUCUCCUUCGUGUAUGGUAAUCCCCUGAGAAUUAUAAAUGGAUAUGACUCAUUUGGAAAUAUCUGUGGCACAAAAAACAACAAACCGAUGGGAAACUUUACUUGGUCGGGAUUGGAUACUUCGGACAAGCCCUACUUAUUAUUUUAUGACAUAAAAAACUUAAAAGAUUCACUAAAGAUUUGUGUAAAAUCUUGCCCUGCUAAAACUUUACUGCAUGUGAAAGACAUCUACGAUUAUCACCAAGGGGGCAUGGAUCUGUGUAAAUAUGGAUUCAAUUAUGAGGAGUUGAAAAACCCUGAUAAAGAUAAAAGUGUUUUGUCAGCCCCGUUGGGGCCCUGUCCUGUGCUGCCUAUUUAUGAAGGAAAACCAGUGCUCAAUCGUUGCAUUCCACAACUGUUUAAAGAGGGGGCCGAAGCUAUUUUGAGCAAUUUCUAUGACCUUCUAAAUGGCUGGGACACUCUGGAUCAAGUUUUGGGUGAUGUCUACCAUACUUGGAGGGAAAUUUUAUUACUUUCAGUUCUAUCUUUGUUAAUCUCACUGGUAACAAUUGCAAUACUGCACUGCCUGGCCCAUAUCAUUUCCUAUUUUAUUAUGAUAGGAUUCGCGCUGGCCAGUAUAGGCGGUACUGCUUAUUUGUGGUACACGUACAUUGAUAUUAAAAGAAACUUAGACCACACUGAACUAAAUGCGAAAUAUAGUGUGCUUGUAGAGUCUGUUCGUAAUGAAACUGCCUUUCUUUGGUUCUCUAUUAUUGCAACAAUUAUUACUAUUGUAAUUUUGGCUAUAACAGUUUUCAUGAGAAAACAAGUGGAUUUUCUAGCAAACUUAUUUAAAGAAACUUCAAAAUGUAUUAUGCACCUGCCAGGAUUAUUCUUCCAACCUUUGUUAACAUUUAUAUUUUUGGCGGUAUUUUUUCUGUUUUGGAUUUUUGUUGUGUUAUGCCUAGCUACAGCUAGCAACCCGAGUACACACGUCAUAUCUGGCGUGAGGGUAGAGGGCAAAGGCCCAAUCGCCACCGUGCCCCCAACUAUAAACCCUAACAACGUCAGUAUGUCCGUUGUAGAAAAACUCAACCACUUUAAAGUAGUGGAGUACAUCGACGCGGAUUGGAUACAAGGGAUGUGGUGGGUGUAUUUUAUAGGGCUGAUAUGGACGUCGGAGUUUAUCAUGGCUUGUCAGCAAAUGGUGAUAGCGGGGGCGGUGGCCCACUGGUUUUAUCGUCAUAAAUAUAAGAGCAAUGAUCACGUCUGCUAUUCGAUGGGAAAACUUUUAAAGUAUCAUUUGGGCAGUGUUGCACUCGGAUCGUUAAUUAUCACGGCCUUUAAAAUUCCUAGGUUAAUUUUAAUGUAUCUUCAUGAAAGAUUUACCAGAGGUAAAGAGAAAGGGAACGAGUGUUCCUCUUGCGGCCUCAAAUGUUGCAUAUGUUGCUUCUAUUGUUUGGAAAAAUUCAUCAGAUAUCUAAACCAUAACGCUUACACUGUAAUAGCCAUUGACGGGUCCAAUUUUUGUAAAGCAGCUGGAACAGCCUUUGAAGUACUGACCUCGCACGCCUUACAAGUCGCAACCAUAAACAGUUUGGGAGAUUUUAUUCUGUUUCUUGGAAAAUGUUUCGUUACGGCCGUGACGGGGAUUAUCGGGUUGGCGAUUUUCAGAAGAAAUCCCGAAUUAACAUUUUACGCAGCCCCAACGCUGUUGGUGUGCAUUUUUGCGUUCUUUGUAGCUCAUUGCGUUUUAUCCUUGUAUGAGAUGGUACUUGACACGGUGUAUCUUUGUAUGUGUCAAAGUGGAGAUGCUCCCGACGGAAUUCAAAUGCAAAAUCUGGGAGUUACAAAUAAUGGGAACACUCAACCCCAAAACACUGAAUUAGAACCAAUGAAUUAAGGAUGCAAAACGUCUCGUUUUUUUUCUCGAAUAGUUUUAUGGUGCAAAAUGGCUUUUUACUACAAAGGACCGUCCCAUAUUUUCUUAACGCAUAUUAUAUUUAUUACUAGACUGUUAAAACUAACCGUUUUCGUUAGUUUUCCUUCCUACGAACGCAUAAUACCAGUACAAAACAGAUUUUUCUCCAAUAUGAUGGAUGAUUAGUUUAUUAUUACAAAGGUGCUAACGUGAGUAAGCUGUCUACAAAAGAAUAAACAUUUUACAAGUUUUUGUACACCCUCAUCCGGACUAUUAUUUUAAGUAGGUUUUAAAAGAACUACUAUAAGUUUACUGUAACCGUAAAUAAAUGAUAGUACAGCACAGUGUUAAAGCACAAUAACUAUUUAGUCUUUUAAAGUAUAGUUUAUAAAAUACGUUAUUUUGUUAUGAGUCCUUUUGGAUUUUUUUUAAAGUAUUUUUUGCGACAGUAUGAAUAUAUUAUCUAGAAUUAGAAUAAUUUUUGUUACUCCAUGACUCUUUAAGACUUAAGUAAGAUGCAUGUCUUAAUGUGUUAUUCUUUAAAAAUGUAUUCAAUACUCUACUCUGGUACAUUAACACUCAUUAAAUGAAAACUUAAUAUAUUUGGCUUUUGUAACAAUGAA